AGUCAGACAUGUGUUACUGCGGAAAGCCAAUAGGUGGCAACAACACAUUUACUGUCCAGUGUGCCAGUGACAGAAGAAGAGGAGGUUUAACAUGGCUGCGCCCGUGCCCUUGUUUUCACGAUUGAAAAUAGGUGGGUUACUCUCCCUUCAACCUGUCGUUGAGGUGACCGCGAGGUUUGCGUCGAAGAAAUCUGGAGGCAGUAGUAAAAACCUUGGAGGAAAGUCACCCGGACGCAGAUAUGGCUAUAAGAAACUAGACGGUAAUUUUGUACAUGCCGGGAAUAUUGUUGCAACACAGAGAUUGAUGCGUUGGCAUCCUGGAGGUCAUGUCGGAAUUGGGAAAAACAACACCUUGUAUGCAUUAGAGGAUGGUGUUGUUAGGUUCACCAAGGAGGUGUACGUUCCUCUCCCUCAGAGUGCUGAAGCCAAAGACAUGAUCUCAAAGCUGCCGAAAGGAGCCGUGCUGUACAAGACCUUUAUUAGUGUGGUUCCGAAAAAGCAGGACGUUACCUUUAAACUGGUCAGUAUGAUGUGAAAAUGAACUCCAACCUUGGAACAGGUGUAGACCUCACAUGGAUCUCAGGAACACCUGAAGCAUAACAAAGCAUGUCAUUUGAAAUUGAAAGAUUGAAAGGCUACAGCCAGUCAUAAAAACAGUCUCUCAAUUUUAUGAUUUAAGAUGGUACAUUUAUAAGUUUGCUGUGCUCUGUUUGAAAAAACAGUAAUUUAGACAGAUUAGUAAGGGAGAUUAACCCUAAUGCCUGAAUUGUUCAAUAAAGUCUGUUCAGCCAACCUUGUGAGGCACCUUUAUAAGCAAAACUCCCCAUGAAAUUAUCAUUAUGAAUGCUGUUUAGUUCAUAGAUCUUUAUUUCCAAUGAUAAUCUUUGUGUUUGAAUAUCCUAAGAGUAUUCCUGAUUUCCCCAACAUGUUCUGUGAGUACAUUUUUAAAUGAGCACAUUUAUUUAGAUGGUUGUAUAUGAUUGGGGGCAGGUUUAUAUGUUAAAAAUACAUGCAUUCUAUAUGUAUUUGUUCACUGCUAUGCGGCACAUUGUCUACAGGCUGUAAGUACUGUAUGUAGUUGAAGAAACCGGCAACUUGUUUAUACCUGGCUUAUUGUCUUACAUUUCUUUACAUUUUGUUAAUGCAACUAUUGUGUAAGGAUUGUAAUAUAAAUCAUACAUGAGUCUGAAUCUGAAUUGAGUCUACAUAAAUAAACUCUGCUACCAUGACUUUAA